AUGGUAGAAAUAAUUCUGGUAAAAUACGAAAAUGUAGGUCUUCCGUUUCCUGUGAACAUCAACGAUAUCAAGAUAAGAGCCGGGGAAUGGGACACCCAGACCCAGAACGAGCGCAUUCCGCACCAGGAACGUAACAUCGAACGAAAAAUCGUCCACAACCACUUCACCAAAGGGAAUCUGUACAACGACGUGGCCCUCCUAAUCCUGGAUCGUCCCUUAACCAAGACCAGAAGCAUCGGGACGGUGUGUUUACCCCAAGACAACCAACACUUCGAUUCCAGGGAAUGCUUUGCCACAGGCUGGGGCAAAGACAGGUUCGGGCAAGAGGGCCAAUACGCCGUCAUUCUAAAAAAAUUGCAGCUGCCACUAGUCCAGAACCAACCUUGUCAGGACGCCCUCAGGAAAACCCGUCUCGGGAAUUCCUUCAUUCUUCACCGAUCUUUCACCUGUGCAGGCGGCGAGCCCGGUUUAGACACGUGCACGGGCGAUGGUGGUAGUCCUUUGGUGUGUCCAGACCCUUCCAACCCCAAUCGCUACCUCCAAGUGGGUAUAGUGGCCUGGGGGAUCGGCUGUGGCGAAAACCAAGUCCCUGGAGUCUACACCGACGUGGCCAACUUCCGAAAUUGGAUCGACCUUAAAUUGCAAGAAACAGGCAUCGGUAUCGAUUCAUACAUCGUAUAAUUACAGCGGUGUUCGUUAUUUAUGUAAAUUAGUCUCGAAUAAAGUCAUUUUUAUCCAA